AGUGCGUCUGAGCCUGCGCCUGCGCCUGCGCCCGCGGUACCCGCGCAUUCCCCUCCGGCGCGCCGCUGGUGCCUCCCUUUUGGGGGUCCGGUGCAGCCGAGGACCGUCCCGCAGCCGACCAUGCCCGCGGGCGUGCCCUGGCCCACCUACCUGAAGAUGUUCGCCGCCAGCCUCCUGGCCAUGUGCGCGGGCGCCGAGGCGGUGCACAGGUACUACCGCCCCGACCUGACGAUACCUGAAAUUCCACCGAAGCCCGGGGAGCUCAGAACAGAGCUUUUGGGACUGAAAGAGCCGAAACAUGAACCUCGGGUUUCCCAGCAAUAGGAAGUGCCCAGUACCGCACUGGCAGGGGCCCCGUGCAUGGGUCUUGUUUAAUAAUUUAUUGAAUCCAACUCCUGGUCCUUCAGCAUCCGAAUCCGUUACUGUGGGAAGAGACGCUGCAGAGGCCCUUGCUGAGAGGGUGAAGUUUGUGACGCUUUGACCGCUGUCUCUUGAAAACUGCCGAGUUGUAUAUUCCGAGCUUCUUAAUGUGAUUUGGAAGAUACCGAAUAGCCUGUGAAACAGAGCAUUUUCACUGUCUCCUGCUAUUACAGUUCUGGCUGUUUCUCUGAGUAUUCUUGGCUCUCGUAGCCAGUGGGAAUUAUAAAUGCAAUAAACAGUGAUGUUUGCAAUGA